UUGAUGAGUCGAAUACUCGAUGCAGAUGAGCUUGAAAUGGGUGAAAGUUUUGGACAGUCCGAAUCUUUGCUUGACCGCCUUAAAGGAUUACUUGAAGGAUACACUGAUGGCUUGUCCGUUCCUAAAGAGCUUAUACAAAACGCUGAUGAUGCUGGAGCUACAGAAGUACGAUUUCUUUACGACGAACGAACAAAUGACAAUGCCAUGACRAAUUUGAUUGAUGAAGGUAUGAAGGAGUGCCARGGACCUGCYCUCUGGACAUACAACAAUGCCAUCUUCACUGAAGAAGAUUUCCGAAACGUUGUAAAGCUGAAUGCUGCCACAAAAGAAGAAGACAAUGGAAAGAUCGGACGAUUUGGACUUGGCUUCAACUCGGUGUACAAUUUGACCGAUGUACCCAGUUUUGUUAGUGGAAACUCUAUUGUCAUCCUUGAUCCCCACACUGAGUAYCUUGGAAAGGCAAUACGAGACAGAAGUAAGCCAGGUAUCAGGGUUGAUUCCUCAAAAAAGAGAUUYGACAAGCUKCAWAACCAAUUCAAACCYUAYAAMGGUAUAUUUGGAUGUGAUCUUAGCCCCGGAAAUAAGAAUAAGACGUACAAUGGGACACUUUUCCGCUUUCCUCUCCGAACAGCCAAUCAAGCCAAGAAAAGCAAAAUCAAAAACCUUUGCUACGAUGACAAUCAAGUAAAAGAGCUUCUUCGAAUCCUGCUGCAUGGUGCUGAAUCUUUGUUGCUAUUCACGCARAACGUUCUCACUGUUGGAGUUUACUAUUUGAGGGAUGAAGACCAGGAUCCAUCGCAGCCAGUUGAACUCUUCUCCAUUUCAAAGUCUUGCGAAGAUGUGAUACACAGACUUCAGUGUGAAGUGUCGUUGUCACACCAAGCACAGCAACUGAAGGAAAUUGAGCAGGAAUUUGUGAAACAGAGCAGUAUUUUAAAAGCAUCGACAGUACUACUCAACUCGCUAACCUCAUCUUCGCCUGAAGUCCUGAUGACAUCAUCCCUUGUUAUCAGAAGCUGUUGUACGUUAUCAGAACGUGGAAACGAUUUGCUACAGGUUGUAGAUACGGAGCAAAAUACAAAAGCUGAAAGCCUAUGGSUAGUUAACUCCUGCAUGGUUGGCGGAGAAGUUCUUACUUUAUCUCGAAACAUAAAAGGUGUAAGUCCUGUAGCUGGAGUUGCCGCCAAACUAGAAAUGAUUUCGUGUGGUAAGGUUAUUCCUUUARCAUUGAUGCAAAAACUCGAMGAUGUAACAAUGCUUGYURGSCGGUCGACUCCUAAUGAAGGUGGAAAAGUGUUUUGCUUCCUUCCUCUUCCUAUUCAUAGCGGUCUUCCUAUCCACRUUAAUGGRUGCUUUGCAGUAGACGACAGUAGACGUCAUUUACGUGAGCGUACAGAAGACGACAAAUCAGACCAUGGAGCCAAAUGGAACCAGAUGUUAAUGAGUCAGGUCAUUGUACAAGCAUUCCUUGGUCURCUUGAAGAUGUCAAAAGGAAAUUUAAAGACGUGGAGUACCACUUCCACACGCUCUGGCCCACAAUCAGCAAUUUAAAACCACAGUGGCAUCCUUUUGUCAARUCUUUCUAUCAAGCCUUAUGCUCUCACGAGAAAGAUCUUGAAUUAUUUACAGAUGGCAAGACAUGGUCGAGUAUUGAUAACAUUGCUUUUCUGGAUCCGUCUUUUAAAGAUGAUGACGAGAUUGGAAGUGUUGCUUUUGACGUAUUCAAAGCCGUUCCACCUGAAYCAAAGGUCGUUAUUGACAUGCCAGGAGCUGUUUUUCAUACAUUCGAAUAUUAUGGUYUAGGUCMCUGCCUGCAGAAGUGCUGUUUUGAMAARGAACGUUUUUUUCGGGAAGUGGUGUUCCCUUUUCUUGAACUAAUAGAAGAACAACAAAGAAACKCGCUCGUUUUGUAUGCUCUUGAUGAUCAAGAUCUUCAAUCUCUAGUACGAGAACACCGCUGCAUACCMUCUUCSCCGUSUGGGAAUCAUUUAAAGUACCCYAAAGAAUUGAUUCAUCCCAACGGUAGUGCAGCUCGCUUGUACGAGRCAGACGAUGGUAAGUUUCCWUUCGGKGMGUUUUCAACUGAGGGACGUCUACUKAAACUUAAAAGUCUGGGUAUGCGUGAAGAUGAGCAAGAAUGGGAGGAAAUCCUUGAGAGAGCUCAAAGUGUUCAAGGUCAGCUGUGCUAUGAAAAAUCUAUUCAAAGGACAAAGUUCUUGCUAGAAUUCGUUGGCAAAAAGCUUAAGCAAAAUGAAAGUGAUCCCUGUGGUAUUAGGUCAAGCUUGCAACAUACAUGUUUUCUUCCCAUUCUGCAAAAACCUCAGAGUUACCCUUUUCGAUGGAAGGGGGAUGAAUAYCAGCAGACAACAUUCCUUUCAGCAGCUGAACUCUAUCCCAAAGAGUUGAAGUAUUUAGUAGGUGCGUCUGUGCCGAUUCURGAUGAUAGAACAAUUAAUGUUUGUUCAGAAGUUCGAAGAUUUCUGGCAAUACCGAAGAAUGUAGAACUCAACCAAGCCAAAAUUCAGCUACAGAAUGUCAUUGAAGUGAAAGAAUCUGAAGGAGARAGUGUUAUCAAAGAAGUGGAAAAAGCUUGUGAGAAACUCUACGAUUAUUUCCAACGUGGACUGUCUGAUAAAGACGAAGCAGUAAUAAGUUUUUUAAAGCCAAUAAAGUUUAUCCUGGUCGGUUCUCACUUUCUAUCAGCAAGCCAGAUUGCGUUUCAUGGUACAUUGAYAUUUCCACCAUAUCUAUCCAUAUUGCCUUCAGAUUGGAUGAAGUUUCGUGAGUUUUUCAAAUUACUCGGAGCACAUGAAGCCUUUGAAAUUGGUGAUUACGUUACUGCCCUUGGAAAGGUAAAUGAUGACUAUGGUGACAGAGCAGUAGAUGACGAUCUUAUCGAGAAAGUCGUUUCUAUGUUAAAUUUGCUAUGUAAAUCMAUGAGAGCAAAACAAGUUUUAUUUGACGAUGUGUUGGCUGAGCAUGGGAAAAUUUUCUWACCUGAUUCUGAUAGAAUAAUGAAGCCAUCCGCUGACGUAUGCGUAAAGGACUGCAUUUGGAUGCCUGACGAAGCCGAUAUAACGUAUGCAAGUGAGCGCAUUCCAUUACACAUUUCCAUUGCACUCGGAGUGAAGACAAGAAGACAGGAGACCUUUUCUAGAUUUGCGAUUGGUAUGCCAUUUGGACAGAAGGAAAAGCUGACAAACAGACUGAAACGAAUUCUAACUGGUUAUCCUUGUGAUGGCUCAAUUAUGAAAGAGCUUCUUCAGAACGCGGACGAUGCAAAAGCAACCAAGAUYUGCUUUAUCAAAGAUCCACGCCAUCACGCUAGCGAAAGAGUGUUUGAAGAAAGCUGGAAACCCCUUCAAGGGCCUGCUUUGUGUGUUUAUAACGACGCUCCAUUUACCAAUCGUGACAUCGAGGGAAUACAAAGUCUUGGUGAGGGAAGCAAAGGAGAUGAUCCAAACAAGACUGGACAGUAUGGGGUGGGAUUUAAUGCUGUUUAUCACCUGACUGAUGUACCUUCUUUCCUCUCAAAAGGGAAGGAAAUCGGAGAGGUAAUGUGUGCAUUUGACCCUAAUUUGCAGUACGUUCCUUGUGCUACCUCUGAAAGUCCUGGAAUAAAAAUCGACAAACUUGACGUUCUAAGGAAAACCUUUACGGAUGUAUGGCCRUGUUACCUAGAGCAUCACUUUCCUAUUGAGAAUGGGACGAUGUUYAGAUUUCCACUUCGCAAUGAGGAGAUGGCUGAGAGGUCAAAGAUCAGCCCCAAAGAAGUGACGUUUGAAGGGCUUAACUCUUUGGUGAAUGAUUUCCAGAAAGAGCUACUUGAAGCAUUACUUUUUGUUAAUCAUGUAAAAGAAAUCUCGAUUCACGAAGUUGACAAAGAUAAUGGGAGCAUUCAAAUGACAUAUCAAGUCAGAUCACACAUAUCUGAAGACGAUGAAAAGAAGCGACAAGAGUUUUCUAAUGAUGUCAAAUCAAUCGGAAAGCAAUUGCAAAGUGGAAAAAUAUCAUUUAGCGAAAUUCCGGUACGUAAAGUUUCCUAUAUCCUCCAUCUUGAAGAUAGUCAUGGUGUUCGUCAAAAGUGGCUGGUUGUGCAACAAAUUGGAUACGAGUGCAACAAAGAUAUAUGUCAUGAGGAAGGUGUUGUUAAAGCUUUUAAGCAAGGGGAACUAGGCCUUCUUCCCCGUGGCGGUGUAGCAACUUUGAUUAAUUCUUCAAAUGACAAACCUUCAGGGAAAGCAUUUUGCUUUCUUCCUCUCCCUUUCGUAACAGGGUUGCCYGUUCAUAUCAACGGCCAUUUUGCUCUUGACCAUGAAGCGAGGCGUAAUCUGUGGAGAAGCGAAACAUCUGAUUAUCGUAGCAAAUGGAACGAGAUCCUUUUAAAGCAAGUGGUUGCCCCUUGUUAUGUUCUAAUGCUGGAGGAGAUCAGAGGUUUUAUCAAUCUGCCAGUACGAURUAACCACACUGUGCUUAAAGGAAGCCGGAAGGAAAUGGAGUGUUUUCUUGAAAACUAUGCCAGCUUAUUUCCUUCGUUAGAAUUGAAAGAAUCUUACUGGGUCACCCUAGCAAAAAGUGUGUAUCGUCAUUUGAGUAUGCAAGAAUGUCGYGUUCUUCCAGUUUUACGUUACAGCAGUGUAACUAGAGAUGAGUCGCAGGGUGAAGGAAGAAUUGAAUGGUUGCCACCAACAGGACAAGGUGAAGAGAAAGUAUUUUUUGAURAUAUGAAGCCUUGCACGAACGAAGCAGAUGGUGAAAACAUAGACCGCAAGCUAAAGAAAUAUUUUGCCUUAAGAGACACGCUCCUUGCUGUGGGAUUUAACUUGCUUUACAUGCCAAUAACYUACUAUAAAUUCUUUGUUGAUUCUGAAGUAAGCGUUAAUCGAAUUUCUCCAAAGGAGGUCUUGGCGUUUUUCCACACCUAYGGUUUUCGCUCUUUUUUACAAMGCCARAUUGGUGUUCUUCCACUUCCAAUAGAAUGUACACCAUUUAAAAGUGUUGAUAAUUUGCUCUUGGUUCUUAUUUACUGCAAAAAGGAGUCAACAUUUUGUCAAGAUCUGCAUGGUUUACCACUCUUAYUAACACAAGAUAAUCAUCUUCGUGUUUUCGACAAGCAUAAUCCUGUGUACCUUAGUGGAUUCUAUGAUCUCGUACCUGCCUGCAGCGAGUUGUUUGUUCAUCGSCAACUAUUCAACCUGCGCGUCUUUUAUGAUCAGCCUAGGAAAGAAGUGGUGCCUCAGAUUUUUAAAGUAUUUGACAUAGCAGAAUUUGCAAGACUUCUUCCAAAUGUACUCAGUGAGGUGSCAUACAGGUCACCUGAUAAGUAUGUCAGCUGGAAUCCAGUAGAGAAAGACACAAAGAUACCUUCUGGACGAUGGAUCUGGAACGUCUGGAGAUUCUUUGAUAGUGCUAUACGACCAGCUUUAGACCAGCACAAUGCGCAAGCAGAAAAGCAAUUCCGCGAAAGGACAAAGGAUUUACAUGAACUCGAGAAAAUAAAGUUGGAAGAAUCAGAGAGAAAAUCUAGAACAAGAGAGAAGAAACGAUUUAUUUUGCAUUUUCUUGAACCAGUUAAGCACUGGUGCCUCCUUCCAGUGACUGAAUUUUACCAUGUACAGCGUAGUAACGAGAUGCAACCACAACACAGGCAUUUUCUCGCACCGUUGCAAUUGGCAGAAACUGUGYUUUUUCAUAGUAGMACAACUUCUUCSCUGAAAGAUUCCAUCCAACGGAUGUCUCUGCCAGAACUGAAUUGUAGAAUCCUUCAAGGAACUGAGUAUUUGACAUCCCCAACUAGCAGUUGUGAAAUCCCACUGAUGAUUAUUUCCAAUUUAGAUGAUGGAAGGUUGUUUUUAUCAGUGCUGUUACAUAAGUUAAAAGUCGACUCRUCACUCUUUCAGAGGUCACACUCAAUGAAUUGCUUGGCUGUUCUACACUAUCUAAAUGAUCAUAUCGAAGAUUUUCAGCCAAAGGAUGUUGACGAUUUGAAAUCUCUCCCAUUUUACACUACAAUCCAUGGCAAUAACAUCAGCAUAAGAAACAAGAAGGCAUUCGUUUUGUCGAAAAGAAUCCCAAGCAACGACAUGGAUAAAUGGGAACAGAAGUCUGGAAUUGUGUUUCUUAGCGAGUAUGGUUCUUUAAAGAAACUUCUUAGUUUUCUUGGAUGCGAUUCAAAAAAUGAAGUCGAUAUCUACUGUGAUAUCAUAUUUGAGAAAUUCCAAGAUAUGAGUAAAGAAGCGAGGCUUGCCCACUUGACGUUCAUUUCUACUUUACUUUGCGAACUGGAAAAUCCUUACCCUUCUAAAUUUUAUGGUUUAGACCAAAGCAAGGAGAAGCUUAUGCAAGCCCUUCGUAAUCUUGAAUUUGAUCUCUCUCACGAUGGUUCAUUAAAAUCUGCAUGCAAUUUUUAUGAUCCUUCGGUGGRGGUGUUCAAUGUUAUGUUGCCAGAGGAAAGAUUUCCUGCCAAACCUUUUUGUGARGAUGGCUGGUUGAAAUUUCUUCACAAAAUUGGCCUGGUUCACAAAGUAACCGAUGAAAUGUUUCUCAAAUUUGCCGAAGAGGUUGCACUUGAAGGACAAAGGAAUCCGGUUCAGAGAACAAAAGAAAAAUCAGAAAUCUUGGUCUCACAUUUGUUUUCAAGGGAAAACAUAGCGACAAGCCCAUUGCUCAAUAAGGUGCRCGACAUCUCGUUUAUACUACGACAAGGGAUUGACAGCCAACUAGAGAAAUUGCAUCCACCAUUUAGCAGAAGCCCAUACGUCUGUUUUAGAGGCUCGAUGAUUGGUUACCACUAUGAUAAAAUAGUUUGGACGAGUGUCAACAUUCUUCCUAGUUACGCUAGCCCGCGGUCGCUCCCAAAUUGGGCAUUUAACCGAAAUUACAGAGGGAAAUGUAGUUUAAACAACAYAGAAAACURCAAGCAGGAAAUCAUCAAAAAUCUGGGAAUUCUUGAACGUCCAACCUGCGAGAUUGUUACAAGCCACUGUGUAAAGAUUUGUGCUGCACUUUGUAGAUGUGAGGAUACCAGACCUGAAAGCAAUGCUCUAGAUUGUAGCAAUAGUCGUAUUACAACUGAUGUCAUGACGCAAAUCUACUCGUUUUUGCGGGAGAACUAUGAUAACAACUCUGAUGUCAUAACAUCUGGCCUCCAGGGCAUUCGCUGCAUUCUGGUGGAAGAUGGAAAUCUCUUAGUACGUCCCCAACAAGUUGCUGUUGAGCUUAUGAGGGAAGAUGAAAUUCCACCAUACUUGUACAAGAUUCCUCCUGAAUUAGCUCCUUAUGGUGACCUUUUUGUGGGCCUUGGAGCAACACAAACAGUAACUGUAUCGCAAUACGCAAUGGUUCUUGAUUGUAUCCACAGGCAGUGCAAAGAAAACAAAUUGAAUCCUAAUGAGACUAAAGCAAYCCUAAAAGCAACCAAAGGUCUUUUUGUAACCAUAAUCAAAAAUGGCGGAAUCGAUGCCUGUAGUUUACGGUCACUAUAUUUACCAGGAAUUCGGCAAAAUCCAGCUAAUCCAGAUUUAAACUGGGUGUUUGUGAGGAAAUCUUCUGAGAUUUUCUUCAGUGACGCUCCCCAUUUUAAAGAUCGUCUGCGUGGAUUCCAAGGACACAUUCUUGUCAAAUUCAAAGAGUGYGAUCUGAAUGUAGAGAAUGAUGAUCGUUUAGUAAACAUGCUGCCAGAACCACUUCGGCCAAUCAUGCUGACAUCUGAAGUACACGAAGCUCUUGCAGAAGACGACCAACAUGUCACAUUUUCAAACGCAACUCAAGAUUUGAARAACACUCUGACGUCACGCGAGUUUUGUUGUGGUUUAAUUCGUUUGGUUAGACAUGCUAAAUAUGAACGCGAAAUAGACACGAAAGAUGAUAUUGUAACCACAAUUCAGAGAAGUCUUAGUUGCAUUAAUGUUUAUAGUGUCAAAAACCUCCGUACCAGACUUAUUUACCAAGGUUCCACCAUACCAGAGAGUGAAGCAGAGGUUGCUUGUUUCGAAGAGAGAAAGAAUGAUGGUACACUAGACGUUUGCAACAUCUAUGUUGAAGACGGAGAAGACAUCAACGCGUACGUUUCAAGAGUUGCAGAAAUCAUUGAUAGAAUCACUGGCAAACUACUCGAUAGAACGAUUGUUCAUCUCACAACGAUGCUGCGAUAUCCUCUGGACAAAAUWAGCUCAUUGCUAGACCGUCUGAAAAUACGCGAAGACAAUUCGUACUCUAAUGCUGAUCCUAGUAUCUUUCCAAAACCUGGUCAUUUYAUUCACAUAGAGGAUCACURUCUUUUGGAAAAUGCKUUCACACGUUUUGAACCAGGUGAAUACGUGGGCUACGAACUUGAUGACCCAAGUCUUCGCGGMGAAGAUGGUACUCCAACGUUCAUCUAUGCUAUCAUUGUGGAAGAAAUAUCACCACAGAGGUACAGAAUCAAUAUUGGUUCYGACACCGAACAUAUUGAAGUAAAUGCAGACAAACUKUACAAGUUUUAUCGCCGUACACAAGACGAAAACGGGGGAGARAUUGAGCUCUUCACUGGCAAGGAAAGCAUAGAAGUCAAACCGGAUAAUCUUGAUGACGCAAAACGACAAGUGAGAAAGACAUUGGAGAACGCCUGGCAACUACCCGAAGAGAGAAAGAGAAGAAUCAUCAGAAGGUUGUACCUGUCAUGGCAUCCAGAUAAGAACCCUGGCAAUGAAGAGUUUUGCACUGAGGUUUUCAAGUUUCUUCAAGCGGAAAUUACAAGAUUGGAGAAAGGUCUCAGCGUAGACGAUGCAAGUUGGAGUACCUCUAGUAGUAGUAG